CCGCCAGAGACGCAGCUUCCCCGGGCGGGCGGGCGGCGGAGACCCGCUGAUUCCCCGCGGGAGACGGGACCUCCCUCCCUGGUCCAGAGCCCGGGCUCAGAGCCGGCACUUGACCCGCUCCCAUCCCACUGUCCCAGCCCCAGCCUCUCCUCUCUCCAGCUCCAGCCCAGCCUGUGCCCGGGACGGGGCCAUGGAACGCUACGACCGCCUGGGCAAGAUCGGCGAGGGCGCCUAUGGCGAGGUGUUCAAGUGCCGGGACCGGGUGAGCGGGCAGGCUGUCGCCGUCAAACGCUUCGUGGAGUCGGAGGAAGAUCCGGUGAUCAGGAAGAUCGCGAUGAGGGAGAUCCGCAUGUUGAAGCAACUGAAACACAACAACCUGGUCAACUUGAUCGAAGUGUUCAGGAGGAAACGAAGACUUCAUUUAGUUUUUGAAUAUUGUGACCACACUGUGCUCGAUGAACUCAACCGGUACCCUAAAGGGGUCCCUGAUCGGCUGGUGAAGAGGAUCACAUGGCAGACACUGCAGGCUGUCAACUUCUGCCAUAAACACAAUUGCAUACACAGAGAUGUCAAACCAGAAAAUAUCUUGAUCACUAAAGAUCACGUCAUUAAGCUGUGUGAUUUUGGUUUUGCCAGGAUACUGACAGGCCCGGGGGAUUAUUACACCGACUAUGUGGCCACGCGGUGGUACCGUGCCCCCGAGCUACUGGUGGGGGACACUCAGUAUGGGUCGCCGGUCGACAUCUGGGCCAUCGGCUGCCUCUUCGCAGAGCUCUUGUGUGGAGCUCCUCUCUGGCCAGGGAAGUCCGACGUCGACCAGCUCUACCUGAUACGCAAAACACUGGGUGAUUUGAUUCCACGACAUCAGCAAGUCUUCAGCUCCAACCAGUUCUUCAGUGGAGUGAGCAUACCCGUGCCAGAGAACUUGGAAACUUUGGAAAUGACGUUUGAAAAUGUUUCACAAAGUGCUCUUGGAUUAAUGAAGAGCUGUUUGUACAUGGAUCCCGCUGACCGACUGAACUGCGAGCAGUUGCUGGAUCUCCCUUACUUCAACAGCUAUCGCAAGGAAAUGGAGAUGGGCCGGCAGAGACCUACCAGGCGACGUGGGCGACCACAGCACAGAAAUGUACCCUCGUUGCAGUGUUUGCCACAGCUUACUGGCAGCAAUAUCUCAACAUCCACAGAAACCAAGAACGACCUUAAGAAGAAGUAUAAUUACCAUUUCCCCAACAUUUGACCAAUGGCGCACAUUGGCAACCAAGGGUCACAAGAACCUACCUGCACAAAUGGACAUUGAAAGGAAAUGUUAAAUCAUGGACAAGUGAGGGCUUGGAUUGGAUCCUUGCCCAACUGGGCAUUAAGUGUCUUUCAUUGUAGUUCAGCAUCUUGUUCUCAUUUUACACUAGGAAAGGGGCAGACUUUUAUAAUUAAUGACGAUGAAUAUGAACCAGGAAACACUUGGGCAGAAGUUUUGUUUAAAUGUGUACAAUGUUUGUAUAAAGAAACAGCACAAUAAUCUAUGCACAACUUUGUUGCUUACAAUGACCUGUUCCACUUCCUAAAGAACCUAGAUUGUUCCGACGGCUAUGAAAAGUGACGUGCUUCCUGACAUUCCUCCAGAACAAAGGUUGACUGUGCAAUCAAGGACACUGCCAAUGCCUCCACUCCGCAUCUUUGGGAACUAUUCCUGGGGUUUUUCUGGAUUGAGGUGGAAUAGACCCUGUUCUCUAGGUUUCCUCUGCUGAGCAACAUUUCAGGAACGGGUGAAUCCACAAUCUUCCUACCGAA